AUGGAGAACACGGAGGAGAUACUCCAGGCUCUUUUUAUCGGCAUCUCAGUCGCGUCGGUUUUACUACAAACAUGUCGAUACAGAAAGGCUAUCGAGUUAUUUACUGAAUGCUUGGAGUUUCUGAAUCAGUGCACGUCGAAGUUAGAAGCCGAAGUAUUAAAGCGCCUUUCGGCACUUGUCUACAGCAGGUUAUCUUACAUUUAUUUCCAUAUUGGAGAUUUUAAGAAUGGCUUUGAAAACAUAGAAUUAGCAAAAGCUAUGUAUCCCCAGAUGGGUGGCAAUGAAUGUACAGCCGAAGAUCUCGACAGACCUCAUAACGAGCACGUAUCCAAGGCCCAUGACUCACCGGGUAAAGAGGAAGAUGAAGAAGUUAUUAAAAUUUUAUCAUUGGCCAGGAAUGUUGGAGACAAGGUAAAGGAAGCAUGUGUUCUAAACAUGUGUAGUCAAAUGGCUCUUUCUCGUUUCGAAUACUUCAAAGCCAGACCCCUUUUAGAAAGAUUAGCUGAAUUGUAUGGUGACUUUGGGGACAGGAAACAAGAGAGACUUACAUUCGAUCGCCUUGGUGAUCUGUGUAAGUCACUUGAGGAAUACGACCAGGCACAAAAAUACCAUGAAUUGGUCUUGCUUAUGGCGGAGGAAGAUGAAGACACCUACAUGCAAGGGGCAGCCACUGGUAAACUUGGGACUUUAUAUAACUUACGCAGAGACUAUGUCAAAGCAAAAGACCUGCGCAAGAAGGCACUAGAAAUAAGUGUGAAAAUCGGAGACAAGAAAGGAGAAAUAAUCGAUAACAGAUUCCUCUCUGGUGUGCUGCUCAAUCUUGAUAAAUUCAAAGAGGCUCGAGACUGCUGCCUAAAGGCACUAGCCCUUAGUAAAGAAAUUGAUGACAAAAACCAGGAGGCCUCAGCAUACAGUGAUCUGGGUGAUGUUCAUAGAAAGUUGAAAGACUUUGAAAUGGCGGAGCACUGCCACAAGAGAGCUAUAGAACUAUACGAAGAAACUGGAGACUUAGAAAAUGAAUAA